CGUCAACAGUGGGGCCGUCAACUGGAGGGGCCGAUCAAGUCUCGCGUGCCUUGGAAGACUCAUAUGAUACUGAAGUACUUCACUGUAACCUUUGAAUCUACUUGGAGUCGAAACAAAGACCGUCUUAUACCGACUCUUGGUUACUGUUCUCUGAUUGGAAGAUUUAUCAAGCGCCUGUCUCCUAGCUUGCUUCUGUUUGCUGCAAGUCAUCAUCCACUUGCAUCAUCGCUCAUCCAUUCAUCAACAGCCACAGCUUUCACUUCUCUCUGCUUCAGUUUCACCCUCAUGACGGAUGUUUCUGAAACAUAUAGACCUUACUACAGCACUACGGCCCUCGUAUCUUCCAGAUGAGGUGCUCCUAUUUGUUCAGGACAACGUAGGCUUGUAUGAGGGUAAAUUCAAGCUCCCCAAUCAACAAAAUGGGCAGGUUUACUUAACCUCACAUCGGGUCUGUUAUGUUGAUAAGCAGGAGCCCCGUACGCACUCCGUUGCUUUGGACCUGAAAGAUGUGGAACGUUACGAAUUCUAUGCUGGCUUUCUGAAGUCAUCAGCUAAGGUGACUCUGAUACCAAAGCCUCCAAAGCGAUCAUCGUAUCACAGUCGUGCUCUGUCGAACGCAUCAAGUGCACAGAGAAAUCUAUCUGGAUCGCCAGGAAUUUCCGAGUCUGCUUAUAGAGCACCCCCUGAGCCUCCAGCUGUGACAAGCGCAACAUGGGUCUGCACUAUAUGCAGUUUCUCAAAUCCGGUCCCCUCGAACUUUGAUCCUACUUCGGCAAACGCCCAUACACCUCUACCACCAUGUUUAGCAUGCGGGAUCAAGCCGACCUUAUCUCACGUUCUCAAGGCUGCAAUCUCUGGCGCAAGCAAUCGCUCAGUAGCCUCACCAGCUCUGAAUGCACCUCUCCCGUUACGGCCAGCUCACUCUGGCACUCGACCUUUAUCUGAAAAUCUGGACCAAAAGCCAGCUUCAAACUUGCCCGAUGCUACCAAUGGUUCAAACUCGACUGCAUCUUUCCAAUGUCCUCGUUGUACCUUCUCAAAUCAUCCUUCCUUGAUGACUUGCGAGAUGUGUGGUGGGCCCCUGAUUUCGCAAAAUGUCCCAUCAUCUAUCCAGCAAAGCUCCACAGCUGAUACCAUAAGGACGGACUCCCCGGGGCCUGUACUGGACCCAAGCAAAAUCAACAAGAAUGGAAGUGAUGCCCCUGAGAGUGUCAAAAUUUCUUUCCGAAGAGGUGGCGAGAAAAUAUUCUAUGAGCGACUCAAGGGCUCUAUGACCCAACGUAAAUGGCUUCUCAGAGAUGCACCCCCUGCUCCAAACAGCCGAGCUGCGGACGAAGGAUCUAAAGACACACCGGCCGGCACUCUGGGAGGGCGACAGAAGGGAGUCGGUAUUGCUGGUCUAGAACAACUUGGAUUGAACAUGCGCAAAAACAAUGAGUUACUAAUAGGCAGUGCUUUCGAGGAUCUGGAGGCUCUUAUGUCAUCUGCUAAGGAGGUCAUCGCACUUGCGGAGCGAUUCGCAAGACAAACAAAUAACGGGCAAGGCAACGCAUCAGCCGAAGAGAACGCGAUUUUAGCGGAAUCGGCCAGCCAACUUGGCCUAGUCACGACAAAGGAUAUUGUCGGUGGUGGGAGCUCCGAGUCACUCUAUUUGUCGGAGCUCGCCAGAAACUUAGCUGAGUUCCUCACCGAUGACUCCAGAGGAGUCCUUAAGAAGGCGGGCGGUAUCAUAACGCUCGUCGAUCUCUGGGCUAUGUUCAACAGAGCUCGAGGCGGCGUCGAACUCGUCAGCCCAGCAGACUUCGAGAAAGCCGCCCGGCUCUGGAGCAAGCUUAAACUGCCUGUUCGUCUGCGCACCUUCCGCAGUGGUGUUAUGGUUGUUCAGGGUCGUGACCGUACCGACGGCACCACGGUCAGGGCCCUACUUGCAUGGCUACGCGAUCUUCACGAGUUUCCCCCUGAGCGCGAAGUGCCUUGGGAUUGGAAAGAGUUUGGCAGAGGAGUUACAGCCCAAGAAGCUGCGGAACGCUUUGGCUGGAGUCUUGGUGUUGCAGAGGAAGAGUUGCUGAUGGCGGAAGAGCGAGGAGAGUUGUGUCGUGAGGAGGGAUUGGAAGGUCUUAAGUUCUGGGUGAACUAUAUUGAUCCGGGCGAGCACAAGAAGCACAAGUCUCAAGCUCAGAAGGAUAGUGAUGAGGUUAUGAAGGCAUUGAAAGCAAGCGGACUGUUAUAAACGAGGCAACGACCAUGUUGGAUUAUAUAGCAUAGACAUAUGUGAGCCAUUCACAGAAAAUCAACGAAACAGGGAGCAGAUCGCAAGGAUUCAUGUGCCAUUGCCUCCCUAGAAAGAUAACUGAACUGAGGUGCGUCUUCACAUACAUUUAUAACCCGAACUCCACAUUAUUCGUCUACCGAAACUCCAAAAACCCAAGUCGUCAACCAGUACUCCCUCAUAAGCCUGGCGGUUUUAGAUACCCCAACAAGCUCUCAGACAACAACGUGAGUGGAAAGAUGUUCCACGGCCUCUUUGAUGGAUCGCAGCAUUCGUUGAUUAACGCAGAAUGGGCAUCGCACGGGACGAUCAUCUCGAGUCAUGGGCUGCUCCGAAGUAAUUGGAGUGAGCGUGAGGUCAGUAGUCAUAUCGUGCGCUGGUGUGGCCGUGUAGCGCUGAACGGAAGUAGCACGCACAGUCGGUGUGGUCAGAAUGCUAUUAGGCUGAAGUCCUGCUCUUUCUGCGCGUUCACGCUCUUCUCGUACAGCCGCUGCCUGUUCUUCGGCAGCUUGUUCUUCUUGCUGAAGCUGGCGCAAAGCAUUCUGUAAGACAACUUCAGGAUCAUCAUCGGCGUAGAUGGGCUGGUCAGGCUGAGGAGGGGGGAUUGCAGGGGGAUCAUGCGUCAUCAUGAGAGGUGGUGGAGGAGGCACCUGUUGAGGAGGGCCUGUCAUUCUACGGACCACUUCAUCGCGCACCAAGGCACAUGUGUUGAGGGUGGGCUCGAUACCAACAGCGCGUAUAAUUUCUUCUUUGAUCGCAGCUGGACUUGUGUCAGGGGCGACGCUCAUGUAACGAGGGACACAAUCUGCCAAAUAUCCUAUAUCCUCGGCGGCAUUGAUUCCUCCGUCCCCAUGACGGCGCUGUCGUCUUAUCAAGAGACCAUAACGUUUCUUGAAACGAUGGAUCCAACCUGGAGAAAAUUCAGGAGGGUUUUCAUCCUUAUAUCGCGGCAACUGUCCGAAUAUUGAUUUUGCCUUGUCACCAAGUUCUUCAUUGGUAGGUUGGCGACCAGAUGCUUGUACCUGUUGAUACCAUAUAAGGACGAGCUUCUCUACAUCAGGCCAGUUUCCGUAGCGCAGACGGGAACCCGAAAGUUGAGGAUUGUCACUAUCUAGACGCGAGUACUUGGGUGACAGCGAGUGUGACACGGUGGAUUGGCUUAUUUGCUGGCCAUACUGAGAAAAGAACCAUUCGAUACAAGCCUUGUGCGAGGGACGGAUAGGCUGGCUAUUCGCCCAGCGACGCAGAGCACGGCGUUGGUCGAGUGUUAGGGAAUGUCUCUCCUUUGGCGAUGCGCCGACGUGAUCACCGACAUGGUCAACGGAGGUGACAUCGUGGCCUACCUGAGCGACGGCAUCAACAGGAGAGAGGUCCGGGGCGGGAGCGGCGACAAGGGCCGGGUCGGUGGUAGCAGCCGACAUGCCCAGGACGGCUAUCUCCUUAAGGUGUGGGUUCUCGAUUUUGGGGGUAUUGAAUUGGAGAUGGUGAGGCUAUCGUUGUAACCGAAGGACGUGCGCUUGGGGGAGGUGGGAUGUUUCGAUUAAGGAGAUAGUUGAUGGC